GUGCUGGAUAGGCCGGAGCAGGAGGGCAGAGACUACGGAAGCAAGCUGACGUAGCCGGAAGAGGAAGUCGUCUCAGCUGUGUUGUUGAUGUAUUUUGGCAGCUGCUGCUGCUUCUCCUUCACGGGUUGACGGGGGAUCGGGACACCCGGUGGAAGAAUGGUGUGUGAAAAGUGUGAAAAGAAACUUGGCAGAGUUAUCACUCCAGACACAUGGAAAGAUGGUGCCCGGAAUACCACAGAAAGUGGUGGAAGGAAGCUGAACGAAAAUAAAGCUCUGACUUCAAAAAAAGCAAGGUUUGAUCCAUAUGGAAAAAAUAAGUUCUCCACUUGCAGAAUUUGUAAAAGUUCUGUACACCAGCCAGGUUCUCAUUACUGUCAAGGCUGUGCCUACAAAAAGGGCAUCUGUGCAAUGUGUGGCAAAAAGGUUUUGGAUACCAAAAAUUACAAGCAGACUUCUGUGUAGAUAUGUUGAUGAAGAUUCUGACUUUAUGAUUGUACUUUGUGCUUCAACUUUCAAGGCAUAACAUGGAUGUCCAUCUUACAAAAUAACCUAUUUGAAAAUGAAUGAUUCAGUCUGAAGCAGGGAAGUUGAUCAGUAUUGAUUUGUCUGCUCUCACGAAAUUCUGAACAGCAGUGAUAUAACCAGUGUUCUGCCUUAAGUAGUUAUUUUCCUUGCGAGCAUUUUACUGAACUAGAUAAGUGACAGAAUUAAUGGUCCUGACUUCCGUACGCACUGUCUACUCAAAAUAUCUAUAUAAUUAAUGAAUAAGGUGUUUCCAGCUUCUGUACGCACUGUCUACUCAAAAUAUCUGGAUAAUUAAUGAAUAAGGUGUUCCCAGCAUCCGUAUGCACUGUCUACUACAACAUUGUCCAUAGAAUUCUUAACUGAUCCAUGCAUUUUAUUUAUAGAUAUUGCAAAUGUGAAAUUACUGAUCCUUUGCUUGGAAUGUGACAUCCAGACUUCAGAUUUCUGUCUUAUUCACAAACAUCACAGUUCUUAGAAUGAGCAGCACCUUAGUUAAGUGCAUUUUCAUGAGCUGUAAAUGUUUGAGACCGUUAUUGCAGAGUAGUGACCAGUCCUGUUGCAAGUCUAAGACAAGUUGCAUUUUCUAUUUAAAUUUGCUGUUGACGCUAAAGUGCAGUUCCUUUCGAGUGUGACUGAGAACCAUGGGGCCUGACUGUCCAGGCAUGCACUGAAGUUCAGAGACGUGCAUUCUCAGCAUUAUCUUACAUUCAAAUGAGGAUAGAUUUCUUCUGUUUUGGAAUGUUCUUUGAAGCAGGAAACAAAACUUUCGUUAACAUCCCCCAACCCCUCUGCCACUCCCUCAGAAAUAAAGCAAGCAUCCUGGC